AUGGACUCAGUUGACUGGAGAACUCAAUUGCCACCUGGUUCACGCCACAAGAUUGUCAACGAGAUAAUGGAAACACUAAGAAAGCACCUUCCAUUUUCUGGGGCAGAGGAAAUUAACGAGCUCAGAAGACUUGCUGCCAGAUUGGAGGACAAAAUUUUCAGCGAUGCUAUUAACCAGACUGAUUACCUUCGGAAAAUAUCCGCGAGAAUCUUGACAAUGGAGAUGAAAUCGCAAAAUGCAGCCGGCUCUUCCUCAUCUAUCCUUGCUUCUAAUAACAGCAUACCCUUGGAUCUAUGUGACGCCAUUUCAAGGCCUUCUCUUCCGAACGGAGAACCAACCAGGAACAUAGAUUACUGGAGAACUCAGCUCCCACCAGAUUCACGUCAGAAGAAUGUCAACACGAUAUUGGAAACACUAAAGAAACAUGUUUCAAAUUCUAGUCAAGAAGGAAUAAACGAGCUCAUGAGAAUUUCUGUCAGCUUUGAGGAGUUAAUUUUCAACAGUGCUAUAAAACAGGUUGAUUACUUUCGCAAAAUAUCAUUCAAGAUGCAGACUACGGAAGAAGAAGGGGAAGUAAACUUGGUUCGAAGCGGUCUUUUGCAUUUGAAUAUUUCAGGGUCGAGUUAUUAUACAAGUAUGGCGCCUUCUUUUCCGAGCGGAGAACCCACCAUGGAAGCAGCAGCAGCAAGUGAUUGGAGAACUCAAUUGUCAUCUCAUGCACGCUCGAGGAUAAUCAACAAGAUAAUGGAGACACUGAAGAACCACCUUCCAUUUUCUGGACCAGAGGGACUUACCGAGCUCCGAAGAAUUGCUACCAGAUUCGAGGAGAAUGUUUUCAGUGCUGCUUCUGGCCAGACUGAUUACCUUCGGAAAAUAUCCACCAAGAUGUUCGCUAUGGAGACGAAAUCGCAAAAUGCAGCUGGCUCUUCCUCUGCCGCUAAUAAUGGCACAUCCAUGAAUUCAGGUGACUGGAGAGCUCAACUGCCGCCAGUUUCACGCCAGCAGAAUGUGGAGAAGAUAAGGGAAGCACUAAACAAACAUGUUCCAAAUUGUGGGCAAGAAGGAAUUAACGAGCUCACGAGAAUUGCUGCAAGUUUCGAGGAGUUAAUUUUCAACACUGCUAUAAACCAGGUGGAUUACAUUCGGAAAGUAUCCUUCAAGUUGCAGACUGGACGAGGGCGACUAACUCAGCGUUAG